AUGGCCAACUCGGUGCCCUAUCUCGUCCCCGUCCUUGACUCGCUCCCUCCUAAUUUCACCCUUCUGGACGUUGGAUGCGGCCCCGCCAGCAUCACCGUAGACAUCGCCAGGCGCUACCCCUCGGCGACCAUCCUGGCCAUCGACGGCAGCCCGGCCGUAAUUAGCCAGGCCAGAGACGCUGCCCAGAAAGCCAAUGUGCAAAACGUUCGCUUCGCCGUGGGGGAUGCCCUAGACCUGGGCCCUACGGCCAGCGAGCCCGGCUUCGAACUCAUCAAGGGCGCAUGUGACGUUGCCCACACGCACAACGUCGUGAUGCACACAUCGGACGCACCUCGGGCACUAGUCGAGCUACGGUCCGCGGUGAAGGUCGGCGGCUUCGUGUGCUGCAAGGAGGCCGACAGGGCGUGCCUCAUGUUGUGGCCAGAGAACCAGGCGAUCCGCCGUACCUACGAGGUUAUUAGCGCGAUCAUGGAUGCCAAGGGGUGCGAUCCGUACGUUGGAAGAAAGCUCAAGACGUACGCGAUGGCGGCGGGCUUUUCAAGCAAUGACAUCACCGUCGGCCAGGCACCCUGGGUCGUGUCGUCACGCGAGGAGCGUGAGAAUUGGGGUGGCCUGGUCGCUCGCACCAGCGCCGACGCGGAAGCCCGCGCCAGCAUUGAGAGCGAGGCCCGUUGCAUCGGACUCGAAAUCAAUCUCGAGGAGCUUCAGAAGGGAUGGAGAGACUGGAUAGACGACGACACGGCCUGCGCCUCUAUAAGUGACAUUUAUGUGGUCUGCAGGAAUCAUUAG